CUGCUUUCGGGAGUCCCUGAAUGUAACUCGGAUAGGGCCCAGGAAGCAGUUAAUCAUGAUGCCUAUUGUAUCGAUUUUCCACUUGACUUUCUGAGUGUCGAAUGCCUUCCUGCACUCUACUGUAUGGUAGUUAAUUUCAAAAAGAGGUUUUACGACAGGCUCCUCGCCUGCGUUUCUUUUCUCAUGAAAGGGUUUUCAUACGCCCUUCACUUCCACCAGAAGAGAGAAGGCGCAGGCGAGAUGCAUGGCUCAGUCGCCAUAAUAAGUCUGGAGCGAAUUAACGAAAUGCUUUGCCUGUCUCGGAAAACAACUAGCCGUUCCUCGUACAGUAUUGUUGCUGUAACUACAAUCUGGCUCAAAUCUCACAUCCUGAUGGAGUCACUUUUGGGGGAUCUUUGUUCUGGCUACAUCAUAUUCAGGUGCGAUAGAAAAAGAAAAAAGAGUGGUGGUGUGGCCUUGUAA